UAAUUUGUAUUAUAUUAUUGUAAGCAAGGUGGAUUGAUCCACAUUCCACCUUGAAUACUCUCACCUUUAUCGAAUUAUUAAACAUAAGUAAAAUUAUUAAUGAUAAUAGGUAGGUAUAUAUUUUAAAUUUUAAAAUGAUAGGGUUCUUCUGCGUUGAGUGUAUUAAGAUUUUAAAAUAUUAUUUUGUUCGAAGUAAAAAAUGUGGAUGUCGGAUCUGUUAAACUAAUAACAAUAAUAAAAAAUAAAAAAGAUCUAAAAAGUAUCAUUGUGUUGUAACAAAUGUCAAUCAUGAAAACAUUCCAGAUUCUCAAUGUGAAAAACGAUUAUGUAAUACAGAGUUGUUUGGCAAUAUCUUUAAUUACUGUUACAACUUGGAUAACAAAUAUUCUAAGAAAAAAAAUAAAAAUAAGACAGAAUGAAAAUGCUCAACAGUGUGUCAAUAAUAAAAUAAUGACAAUUCCAUUGAUUGUCAUAACAGGCUGUGACACAGGUCUUGGAUAUUCAAUUGUUAUGAGAUAUUUAAAGGGCGAACAUUUUAAUAAAAAUCAAAAUGACAGUAAAAUGUAUAAUUUUUUCAAUAAUAAAACACUAAUAAUCCCAAACAAGAUUGGGAUAGUUGCAUUUUGUUUGAACCCUAAUAGCCCAGGUGCUAAAUGCUUACUUCAACUAUCACUUAAAAAUACUAAUAUUCAGUUGUUCGUUAGACAAUUAGAUUUAACUGAUGCUGAUUCUAUUAUGACUGGUGUAAAUUUUGUUACUAAUCUACUUCAAACAAAUGUUGAUAUAAGUAGCUCACACAAUGAAGCCAUUUUUUUUAAAUAUGAACUACAUGCAUUGGUGAACAACGCAGCACGAAUGGUAAUGGCAGAAUAUGAAUGGCAAACUUCAAAAAUGAUAAAACAGCAAUUUGAAGUUAAUAUCUUAGGUCCAAUCAUGUUAACUGCAUUUUUAUUGCCAACAUUUCGCAAAUAUAAAAGUCGUGUGAUAAAUGUAAUUAGUCAUUGUGCAUAUCUCCCACUUCCUGGAGUAUCUAUUUAUGGUGCUACAAAAGCUGCCAUACGUGCAUGGACAAUUGGAACAAGGGUAGAACUUGAUAAUCAURGCAUAAAAAUGAUCACAUUUUCACCAGGAUCAUUUUAUCUUCAUUCUUCCAUUAUGAAUGGCGAACAAAGAAUGAUUGAUUAUGAAGAUAUGUGCAAUAAUAUGAAUAAAGAGCAAUUAGCUUAUUACGGUGCUUUUAUGGAUUCCUAUCAAAAUUACUUGAGUAAAAUUGAUGCAUAUAUUAAUCCUCCAGAGAUAACCAUUCCAAGCACUAAUAAAAUAUACUGCCAAAUGGAUAAUGCACUAUGGGCAGUCYAUCCCAAAGCUGAGUAUAAUGUACCUGAACCUUGGCGAUAUAGAAUCUAUUUUGCAUUAGCUUGGACUCUAUCAUCUUUAGGCUUACAUUAUUUUAAAGAUAAGGUUGUACGUAAAUUUGUGGCUACACCACAGUUUCAUAAUAAUAUCACAAGUUCAGUUGAAAAUAUCUAAUUAAUCUAAUUAACAAGGUUGAAAUUUAUGUAACUAAUGUAAAACAUUUCAGAAUAAUAUAAUGAGUUCAA